AUGGUUCACGAUUCACCUUACAAGCAUAUCGCAACCUCUCUUACUGUGGACGACAAGGUUUACAACUUCUACGAUCUUAACAAGUUGAAUGAUGAGAGAGUCGCUCGUCUCCCCUAUAGUAUCAGGGUCUUGUUAGAGUCUGCCAUCCGUAACUGUGAUAACUUCCACGUUAAAGUCGAAGAUGUUGAAACCAUUCUCAACUGGAAUCAAACUCAACAUACCAACUCUGAAAUUCCAUACAAGCCAGCUCGUGUUCUUUUGCAGGAUUUCACUGGUGUACCAGCAGUUGUAGAUUUAGCUGCCAUGAGAGACGCCGUUGCUGAUCUGAAAGGUGACCCUUCCAAGGUCAAUCCUAUCUGCCCAGUUGAUCUUGUUAUCGAUCAUUCUGUUCAAGUUGAUUUCUCAGGAAACAAGAAUGCCAGAGCUCAAAACGAGGAACUCGAGUUUGAAAGAAAUUCAGAAAGAUUCAACUUCUUGAAGUGGGGAUCUCGCAGCUUCAACAACCUUAGAAUUAUUCCUCCUGGUUCUGGUAUCGUUCAUCAAGUGAACUUGGAAUAUCUCGCGAGACACAUAAUGGUUGACAAUGAAGGUGUUGUCUACCCUGAUUCAUGUGUUGGAACCGAUUCUCACACUACCAUGAUCUGUGGAGCCGGUAUUUUAGGAUGGGGAGUAGGAGGAAUCGAAGCCGAAGCUGUUAUGCUCGGGCAAGCUAUUUCCAUGGUACUUCCAAAGGUUGUUGGAGUUCACCUCACUGGAGAACUUCCACAGCAAACAACUGCUACUGAUUUAGUUUUAACUAUCACUGAGAUUUUGAGAUCUCACGGUGUCGUUGGAAAAUUCGUCGAGUUCUAUGGAGAGGGUGUGAAGAACCUUUCAGUUGCCGACAGAGCUACCAUCUCCAACAUGUGUCCUGAAUAUGGUGCUACUGCUUCCUUCUUCCCUUACGAUAAGAAUACCGAGAAGUUCUUGCGCAACACUGGAAGAAACGAUCAGCAUUGUGACUUGGUUACCAGAUAUAUGGACUCCAACAUGUUCAGCAAUGACGGACAACCAGAAACAAUACAAUUUUCAGAGGUUAUCGAAGUCGAUAUGAGCAAAAUCGUCAACAGUUUGGCUGGUCCCAAACGCCCUCAAGAUAGAGUUCAACUCAAAGACAUGAAAGAAGACUUCGGGAAAGUCCUCACAGCUCCUGUUUCAUUCAAGGGAUUCGGUUUGACCAACGAGUCAGUAGAACAAUUUGACUACAAAAAAAACAGACAAGUUCUAAGCCACGGAAGUGUUGUGAUUGCUGCUAUUACUUCUUGCACCAACACCAGUAACCCAACUGUCAUGCUGGCUGCUGGACUUGUAGCCAGAAAAGCUAAAAAACUUGGUCUUACUGUACCAAAGUUUGUGAAAACUUCUCUGUCACCUGGUUCUGGAGUCGUCUCUAAAUAUUUGGAAGCGUCUGAGCUUUUGGCCGAUUUAGAGAGUAUCGGCUAUCAUAUCACUGGUUACGGAUGCAUGACUUGCAUUGGAAACUCAGGACCCAUUGACAAAGAGGUUGCUGAUGAGAUUGAAAAGAACAAUAUUGUAGCUGCUGGUGUUCUUUCAGGAAAUCGUAACUUUGAGGGCCGUAUUCAUCCAUCUGUCCGCGCCAACUACUUGGCCAGUCCACCACUUGUAGUUCUAUACUCCCUUCUCGGAAACGUUCAAGCAGAUUUGAACGAAGUCGUUGCCCAGGAAAACGGAAAAGACAUCCGUGCCAUCGACUUGCUGCCAACUAGAGAUGAAAUUGCUGAAUUCGAAAACCGUUUCAUAAAAUCAGAGUUCUUCAACAGCGUAUAUGGAACUAUUGAAGAAGGAUCUGCCAGAUGGAAGCAGUUGGAGUGCCCCGAUUCCCUCCUCUAUCCAUGGGACGACAACAGUAGCUACAUCAAGAAAGUUCCUUUCUUCGAAAAGAUGGAAAACACACCAGCAGCUACAGAAUCUGUAUCUGAAGCUCACUGUUUGCUUUUGCUUGGAGAUUCUAUCACAACUGAUCACAUCUCUCCUGCUGGAGCAAUCUCUGAGAAAUCACCCGCUGCAAGAUAUUUGGGAGCUCAAGGCGUGCAACCUAAGGACUUCAACUCUUAUGGUUCAAGAAGAGGAAACCACGAAGUUAUGCUGAGAGGAACUUUCGCUAACAGAAGAAUAGUGAACAAGAUGGUUCAAAAUGUUGGACCACAAACUGUCUAUGUUCCAAACAAAUCUGUCAUGGACGUCUCAGAUGCAGCUGAGAAGUAUUCAACUAUUGGCAAGCAAGUUAUCGUGUUAGCCGGUAAAGAAUACGGAAGCGGAUCGUCUCGUGAUUGGGCUGCUAAGGGACCUUACCUUCUCGGAGUUCGUGCUGUUAUUGCUGAAUCAUAUGAACGUAUUCAUAGAUCCAAUCUCGUUGGAAUGGGGGUUCUUCCAUUGGAAUUCUUAGCGGGUGAAACUGCAGACUCUCAUGAAUUGGAUGGACAUGAAACUUUCUCGAUCACUAUUCCUGAGGAUAUGAAGACAGGACAGAACCUUACUGUCACUACUUCAACUCAAAAAACAUUCCAAGUGAAGUCCCGUCUGGAUACCGACGUCGAACUGGCCUACUAUCGCCACGGAGGAAUUCUUCAGUACAUGGUUCGCAAAAUGAUUUCGGAAUAA